CUCAUCCUCCUCUCUCCUCUUCUCUUUUGCAUCAUCCAUAUUUGAAUUUUGUUAUGCAAAAGGUGGUGAUCUUCUUGAAAAGGAGAGUUUUACCUCAAUAAUUUAUUUUAAUUAUUAGUUAAGGUUAAGGUGUUGAAGGAUUUGAUUCUGAUUCCAUAAUAUUUUGUUGUGUUUUUAUCCUCUCUGGAAUUGUAUUCUUUUCAAGCAAUUUUCAGAGGAACACUUAAAAGUUCAGACCAGGAAAAAGAAUAUAAAAAACAAUGACUAACAUGGUUUACAACCAUUCUAAGUCUCUCCGAAAUGGCAAUAAAUUAAUUCCUAUACCACCUACUAUGUCACGUCGAAUAUCAAUCAAUUCAUCUUGUGAGUGUAAGAUAUCUAAUAAUUCAAAAUCAAGAAGACAAAACAACAAUGACUCUUCAUCAAAAAAGGAUUUAUGGGAGCGUCUAUUUCAUCAAGGUUAUAAAGCAGAUGUUUGCAUUAACACUAAUAGCGGUGGUGUUGUUUAUGCUCAUUCUAACAUUAUUGCCAUGGCUUCUUCUGUAUUAAGAGGCAUGCUAAAGCAAGCACAUCGAUAUGGUCGAUGGCGAAUCAUCUCAAUCAUUGGAGUUCCACAUGAUGCAGUUCAAGUUUUUAUUCGAUAUUUAUACACUUAUAGUUACGAGAAAGAAGAUAUGGAUGAGUUUGUACUACAUUUGUUGGUGUUAUCACAUGUAUACAUGGUUCCUCACUUGAAGUGUGAAUGUGAACAAAAACUAGAAUUGGGUUUACUCACUAUAGAUAACUUGGUUGACGUAUUUCAACUAGCAUUAUUUUGUGAUGCUCCAAGACUUAGUCUCAUUUGCCAUCGCAAGAUACUGAAAAACUUCAAAGUCGUUUCAGAAUCAGAAGGAUGGAAAACAAUGAAGUUAAGUCACCCACUUCUAGAAAAGGAAAUUUUAGAGUCAAUGAUCGACGAAGAAAAUAUGAAAAAGGAAAGAAUCCGAAAAAUGAAUGACAAAAAGGUAUAUCUACAAUUGUACGAGGCCAUGGAAGCUCUUGUUCAUAUAUGUAGAGAUGGUUGUCGAACUAUUGGUCCUCACGAUAAAGAUCUUCGAGUAAACCAACCAUGUAAGUAUUCAACAUGUAGCGGAUUAGAGUUGCUUGUUCGUCAUUUUGCUGCAUGUAAGUUGAGAGUUCCUGGAGGUUGUGUUCAUUGCAAGAGGAUGUGGCAAUUAUUAGAGUUACACUCUCGAUUAUGUGUUAAUCCAGACGAUUGUAGAGUUCCUUUAUGCAGGAACUUUAAGGAACGAAUAUCAAAACAAAGCAAGAAAGAUGAAAUUAGGUGGAAAAUAUUGGUUGAAAAGAUCUUGAGAACAAGAGGAAUCAGGAUAGCAUCAUGUUUUUUGCAACAAUGAUUAUGACCUUGUGGUAGAUACAUAAAUUUUGGAUACUAAGAGUUGGUUUAAAACCAAAUGUUAAUUGUAUAUUCAAGUUCUGUAAGUGUUAAUAAGAAAAUAUGAUCAAAGAUGACAAAUUUCUCUUUGUUCUUAAUUAAACAAAAUCAAA